AUGGGCGCCGUCGAUCCUACCUACCCACUACUGCCGACUGUCAAUAUCAUCUCCUGCGUCCUACUGCUUCUCGUGCUCAUUUCGAGCGCGGUCCGGCGGAAUUGGAACUUCGGUGUCACCUCUCUCUGUUUCUGGCUCUUCUUGGAGAAUCUCGGCUAUGCCAUCAACCACAUCGUUUGGUCGGACAACUUUGAAGUAAGACUGUAUGUCUACUGUGACAUCUUCACUCAUUUGGAACUCAUCUGCGCGGUCGUAAAACCUAUGGCGACCUUGAUCAUCUCUCGAAGGCUACAUGCAAUUUCCUGUCUCCGCUCUAUCGAUCAGUCGGACAACAAACGAUGGAACAUGGCAAUAGACUGGACAUCGGGCCUUCUUGUGCCUCUCGUGGUUGCAGGACCCUUCUACUACAUUGUCCAGGGAUAUAGAUUUCAUGUAGUGGAGGGAUUCGGGUGUACGAACUCGCAAAUCUGGUCUAUCCUCACGAUCUUACUCAUGCAACUGUGGAACAUCAUUCCUCCUCUCAUUUCCGUCACAUUGUACUAUCCUAAGGUUCUGCGAACAUUCUACCUCCAAAGGAAAGACGUCAACUCCGUGUUCCGAGGCAGUACCCAAACCGUGUUGCACAAGAGCCACCUUCGGAUCCUUGCUUUAGCAAGCAUAGACGUACUUCUGACCCUGCCGAUCGGCAUAGUCAACCUCGUCUUGUUCAUCACGCAGGGCUUACAAGAUGCGUCUAUCCCAUUCUACCCUGGAUGGUCUUACGUGCAUACCGGAUGGACUCCGGUUGGGUUCCCAUACACAGAGCUUGAGGCGGACACCUCAGGUCUAGUGGCAACGUACUUCACCUAUUGGUCAACUCCUGCACUCGCAUUCGCCAUCUUCGGUCUCUUCGGCUUCACUUUCGAGGCCCGCGACUCGUACUGGCGCGUCGUGUGUAUGGUUCUUGGGCGGUUUGGGUGGAAGGCCUCAUCGCGGCAAACAACUGCGCCGUCGGAUCUGCGUUCGAUGCAGUUCGGCGCUUUCCCGCCGCUGGACGUCGAGUUGGGCACACACCCGGAGUUUGUCGACCUUGACGCACACAGCAUGAUACAGGUCUCCCAUAACAUCAAUGAGAGCCGUGAAGAUGAAGACAAAUAA